AUGAGCAACAUGUCAGAGCCAACGAUGAUCGUCUCGUCUGACGAGAGCGAUUUGGAGAUAGUCGGCGAUCCCACAUGGAGCGGAAAACGGAUCAGGACGGAGUGGGCGAUCCAACGGGCAGCAGGAGGAAGGAAACACAUUCCGGAGGAGAUCGGAGAGGUGCCGCCAGCGGAAGGAGGCGAUGGUCACCAUCACGGAGAUGGCGAGGAAGAGGGCCCAAAGGGCAGAGGAGAUCUGCGAGGAGAUCGAAAGGGAGUGGAGAGACGUGAGGAGAGAUGGACGGGAGAGAGCCAUGAGGAGGGCGAUGUCGAGGAGGAUGCGGCUGCGACGGGCAAGGCGGCUAGUGGAGGCUGCGAAGAGGAGGAAAGCCACGAGGAGGACCCGACCAGCGACGCGGUGGCCCGCGGUGCCACCAACACCACGCCCUCGGUCGGAACGACCGGAGGAAAGGGAGGUGGCAACGGCCGCCAGGAAGAGGCAGCAAGAAGCAACGUGGCCUGCGGCACCACCUACACCACGCCCAAGGAAGGAGGAUAA